UCGCGCGCGCAGGGAGGGAACAGUAGGGAAGUGACUAGUGGCCGGACGGACACCGGAGCGUCGCAAAGUUGCCCGGAAUAGGAGACAAACUCCUGAAUUACUGCUACAUUCCUGGACGUUUUGGCGUUAUUAGUGCGAAUUAAACUCGGACGGGGUGAAAGGCUGCUGCAGGACGUCGUGUUCGGUUGUCUGUGCACUUGUUUUUCACAGUACCUGCACGAGAACGAGGCGGCUGCGGAGUUAAAGCAGAAGUUUGCGCCUCCCUGCUGCCCGUCUGCGGGCUUCAGCUCUGCAGGAAUGUCGCAGAAAGAAAGAGCCACGUUUUAUCGACAGGAGGUGAAUAAGACUGUUUGGGAGGUCCCAGUGUGCUACCAGAACCUUUCUCCAGUCGGCUCUGGUGCAUAUGGAUCUGUGUGCUCAGCAGUUGAUCAGAAGACAGGUUUUAAGGUUGCUGUGAAAAAACUCUCAAGACCAUUCCAGUCCAUUAUCCACGCCAAAAGAACCUACAGAGAAUUGCGGCUUCUCAAGCACAUGAAACAUGAGAACGUAAUAGGUCUGCUGGACGUUUUCACACCUACCACCAGUCUGGAGACGUUCAGCGACGUGUACCUGGUGACUCACCUGAUGGGUGCCGACCUAAAUAACAUAGUGAAAUGUCAGAAGCUGACCGAUGACCACGUGCAGUUCCUUAUCUACCAGAUCCUUCGAGGGCUCAAGUACAUCCAUUCAGCAGACAUCAUUCACAGAGACCUGAAGCCUAGUAAUUUGGCUGUAAAUGAAGAUUGCGAACUGAAGAUCCUUGAUUUUGGCCUGGCACGACAUACGGAUGAUGAAAUGACAGGAUAUGUGGCCACCAGGUGGUACCGUGCUCCGGAAAUCAUGCUUAACUGGAUGCACUACAACAUGACAGUGGAUAUUUGGUCUGUGGGUUGCAUUAUGGCUGAGCUGCUGACAGGGAGAACGCUGUUCCCUGGUUCCGAUCACAUUGACCAGCUGAAACUUAUAAUGCUGCUCGUUGGAACUCCGGGACCUGAGCUGUUGAUGAAAGUAUCAUCAGAAUCUGCCAGGAAUUACAUUAAUUCCCUGCCACACAUGCCUAAAAGGAAUUUUGCUGAUGUAUUUAUUGGGGCCAAUCCACAGGCUGUGGACCUCCUCGAGAAGAUGCUGGUUUUGGAUACAGACAAGCGAAUAACUGCAGCUGAAGCUCUGGCUCAUCCAUACUUUGCCCAGUAUCAUGACCCAGAUGAUGAACCAGAAGCAGAGCCAUAUGACCAGAGCUUUGAGAGUCGGGAACUAGAGAUUGAGGAGUGGAAACGUUUGACCUAUGAGGAACUCCUCAGUUUCGAGCCACCUACUUUUGAUGUGGAUGAAAUGGAAUCAUGAGAACCAUACAGGAUGGGAACAUUAGCAGUCUUUCGACUUUGCUUGUUAGCGCUGUAAUGUUUUGCAGUUCUCACCCAGACCGACAGUAUGAUUUUUAAGUGCCUGCCACUUUAUUUUCUUUGUUCUAGUCUUUUUAAAAAUGUUUUGUAUAUAAAAAUGGCAUCUACUGAAUUAGGGAGCAAAACACAUUAAGGCAGCAAAAAGGGACACAUUUCAUGAGCGUUAUAAGUGAAACCUCCAGUAGAGUUGAAUAGCAUUUGUGCUGACCCUCUGCCAUGUUUCCAUUCAUUUGUCAGGCAUAUGAACAGAUGUACUGACAUUUUAAUCUUGGACACACUUGCAUAAAAACAUCUCACCUGGCAACAAAGCUUUAUGCUUGUUACAAUAUGUCCCAACUUGACGAUUCCAUGGAUUGGGCAUUACAAAACCUGUUAACACAGGGAAAACUUACGAUUCUUAUUUGUAAGUUGGAAUUCCAUCCAAAGGCAACACAACUUUGGUAUCAUUGACAUGACCAAAAUCUGCUUGAAUCUUUUUUUUUUAAUUAUUAUUUAUCGUGUUGUUACCUAAAUAGAAGAGAAAUUCUCCUGCUACCAGUGUCUUAUUUGACAUUUCCUGAAUAACUUUUGCUGAGAAUAAAACUAGCUGGCUAGACCCCUGACUGAUAGGUUUUAAAUAUGAUAUGGAUUUAAUUUUUAGAUAUGAAAUAUUUACAUUUUAUUCUCUGCUAGUAGAAUUAUAUUUUAAAACAAGGUACUCAGAUCCCUGACACAUGUAGCUACACAUGUUUUGUUGAACGAUUCUUUGUAUGUGCAUUAACGUAUAGUUAGAGGCUUUGCUAGAGAUAUUUGGCAAUCCAGGAGAGACCCCUGUAUAAUUCCCUGAAAACUUUGUUGAAAUAAAUAUAUAUUUGAAUGUGUGCCAUUUAGUUUGACUUGGAGAAACUAGAGUGACUGCCACUAUUUGGAAGACUGUUGGCACCAGUGACGAGUUUAUUCUUGUAUUCUGCUUCAUCUGUAUUUUUAUGGUGUUCACCCUUCUGAGCUGUCACUGGUGUGCGUGUGUGAAACUGUAAGCGAGAGAUGGUGAGAAUGUAUGAUACGAAUAUAGUUUUUUCCUUGUGUUUUUAAGCUGUCAUUUAAGAAAAUAUGAAAUGAAUGUCAAUAUUGUAUGAGUGAGAUAUUUAUAGACUGCAGAAGUGAUAUUAACUGGAGUGGCUGCUUCUGUCUGCUUUGUUUCCUACACCAGACUGUAGAGAAAAUAACAAAAUAAGCAUUGUUUAUUAAAGAAAAUAAAGGCAGAUAUUUUUCAGA